AUGGCCGCCCUUCAAACUAUCGAAGUUCCACACCUAGGUGGCAUCAAAGCUGGAUACGCCUUCUCCAAGGACUAUGAUCCUUCCAAGCCGACAUGUGUGCUCAUUAAUUCGAUGUGCAUGACCGCGUCUCUCUACCAUGAUCAAUUCAACAAUGAAGUUCUGACAGAUGCCAUGAAUCUUCUGGCCAUUGAGCCAUUAGGCCAUGGCUCUACCAGUUCGCCCUCGGAACACUUUACGUACUGGGAUUCUGCCCACAUGGCCUUACAGGUCAUGGAUCACUUUGGAAUUCAGAAAGCCUUCGCCCUAGCCCCAGAAAGGAUUCUCGGUCUCAUGCCCCUCGGGACCUCCAUGGAUUAUGAAUCAUUGGAUUCUCGGUCCAAGGGCUGUUGGGAUCCUGCUGCCAAUCUCACGGUGUUUUAUGAGAAGUGGACCAGUCCCUCGGCUACGCCCGGCUUUGUUGUGGAUGAUGUCUGGUGUGGACUAGUGGGGGGAAUCGGCUUCGGUGCCGCUGCCAACGAAACGAGAUCUGCGUUCUGGACUCAGACCCUGAAGGAAGUGUAUAAGGGUGAUGAGGGCCGGAAAAAGGUCCGAAUGGCGCUCAACUGCCUACUGGAGAGGGAUGGGCUCCUGCUUCGGAUCGGGGAUAUCAAAUGUCCUGUUUAUUGGCUACAUGGAACUGAAGACACUCCUUUUGGGACGAUUGUUCCUGCAGAACAGAUUAAACGUUUUACCUCAUCUGUGGAGGCUAAACUGGUGAUGAUUGAAGGGGGUGCGCAUUAUCUGAAUGCCACCAACCCAAAGGAGGUGGAUGAGGCCCUUUUGGAUAUGGUAACAAAGUAUUCCGUAUAG